CGUGACAGCAGAUGGUUUGUCAGUAUUUCGUCUAUGGGAUUUGUCUAGCCAAAGUUCUUGUAAACUUACUUUCUUUCGGUUAUUAUUUAUGGCGUUUAUAUGUACAGGUGUUGGAAAUGGUAAUACUAGACUCUCACUGUACAUCAGUUAUGUCGGGAAAGCUGCGGUUGCAUUUGUGUCUUAGUUCUAGGUUGCCCUCUGAACUGCAUCCCUUACAGCUUGUAUUACAAAGUCCGUUGUCUAGCACUCAGUUUGCUUCUCACUCGGGAUGUCAACCCCAGUCUGUACAUUUGUGUCAUUUUGUAGAUUCAGAGAUCACAGAUAAUGCUCCAGACCCCUCAGGCUGGUUCUCUUCUAGUUCAAUACUAGCUGUCGAAAAUUAUAGUUGGAGAGGUGCCCUUCUGUUAGUAACACUUGCCACUGCACAUUCUUCAAAGCAAGAGGGCACCCAAAAGUGGGAUCAACGUUCUCUGUUAGAAGAGGGUCGACACACCGAAACAUUUGAAGAGGGGAAAGCAGCACCCUUCACCGAGGAGAAAGAAAGAAGGCCAGUAGAAAGCCUCCUAUGUAAGGAUGUAUACGGAGCUCCCAGGACAGAGAGGGAAGGAUAUGACAAUCUUAAUGACUUACGUGAACAAAUGGGACCUCAAGCAGCUGAGACAGGUGGCUUCACGGAGGAGGACAGACUGUUUCAGUUGCAUGGAAAUCGUCUCUUUUUUAAACAUUAUGGUUUCCAGCCAGAGGAGCAAGUACAGGCACAUGUAAUUAGGCAGCCAGUUUCACUGAGUAAGGUAGUCCUGGGUGCUAGGAGCAAGUCAAGUCUGCGCUGGGCUAGCUCAGAGACGUUUGCUAAUGGGCUACUAAUGCUGGCCUACCAGAAACAGUAUGUCUUGGCAAGGCAGGGUGAUGUGCUUAUUGCUUCUUACCAUCCGCUCUUUGGAGAUGAUAUUGCACAGGUGUUUCAUUAUCUUCUAGACUUAGUAGUGUUAGAAUGUCAACCUGUGCUGCAAGGGGUAUUGUCUGUUCACACUAAUGUGGUUGUUACUGAUUAUAGGGAGACUCCAUCCUACCCCCUUGCUGUCAGUGGUGACCUGCCAAAUUAUGGUCUCCGAUCCCUGCAGCCAGUAUAUGCAUCUGAUUUUGCUCAUUGUGCCAUUAGUCUUUCUAGUAGUAGCUCUUGCUUAUCUUGUGUAUCUGCACUCGACUUGCAACAGCCAAUCAGUCAUAUUAACCUUAGAGGAUUUCUUCAAGCCCUGGAGUGCAGAGUUGAAGUGAGAGUGACAAAUGUUGCCGGUUUGUUAAAUCAGAAUCAAAUUAAUGUGCACGGAGAGCUGGUGACCCAGUUGGCUCUUGAUAUUGACUCCUGCUUGUUUGUAAGCAAGAACACCUUGUUGAAACUAGGUCUGUUUAAUCUUGAAUGGGUGUCCCUUGCUAUACAUACUUCAUCUCUGGAAAAGGUGAAGCUGGCAAGGACUACAUCUUUUCAAGUAUCUCAGCACAGUGAAGAAAGCAAAGAAGAAGAUGUAAAGGGAAACCUUACCAGCUGGCGUUUGGCUAAGAUUGUUGUUCUAGAAUUUCCAAGAGGCCAAGAUUUAGACUUUCCAGAUCAUGUUGGAUUGGUAUCUUCUGCAUUUUGGUUCAACAUCUCUAGGGCUGCUCCUAUUCCUACCAUGAGUCGGACACUUAAACUUAAGAGGUGCUAUGACUGUAAUCCCUCCAUGCAGAAGCUGAAUAAAUGUAGUGCAUCACAGCUGUCUACACCACCAGCUGCUAGAGAACUGCAUAUUGAUGUUGUGGUUUCACCUGACUACAGCGUCAACAGUAACUACAAUCGAAUAUUAGUUAACCAUUUUAAAGUCCCCAGGUUGGUAUAUGUAGGCGAUGUGCUGUGUGUUUCAACUGUAGGGCAUGCUGAGUUCUUGGAAGGUGGCACGUUUGGUAUUUUGAGAUGGCCUGUGCUGUAUUUCAAGGUGAAGAAGAUCUCUGGGUUUGAGGAAGGUGAGGUUAAUGCUGGCUUUGUGGCGGACACUCUGCAUACAUCUGUGUAUCUGGUUGCAACCGUUAACAGCUAUGUGCCCACCUGUCAUCCAAACAGUGGACAUGCAUUCUGGAAUAGCUGGUCACCACCUGGUCUCUCUAAUGUUGUUGAAAAGCUUCAUGAGAUCAUUUACCCAUACCUGCACCACACACGAGACUCCAGUUUAACAGUUCCAUGUAGUAUUCUUAUUCAAGGACCCUCAGGCAGUGGAAAAAAAUCAGCAGUUCAGGUUGUAUGUAACAAACUAAAUCUGCACAUCCUGAAGGUUGACUGUGUCAGUUUAUGUGGAGAUACCAGUGCCAUUACUGAGGUAAAGCUCCAAGGAACAUUUUUAGAGGCAGAGCUUGUUAAACCUUGUGUUUUGCUGAUGAGCAACAUACAGCUUCUAGGACGGGACCGAGAUGGAGCUUCAGAAGAUCCAAGGGCAGUUUCUGCUUUUCGUCACCUCAUAACGAAAAUGCCUAAAAAUUCCAGUGGCUAUCCUGUAGUAGUUAUUGGCACAGCCAGUGGUCACAGAGAACUGCUGGUAGAUGUGCAGACUGCCUUCCUUCAUGAGGUUACAGUGGACACACCAAUGGAAGAACAAAGAAGAGCAAUGUUGGGGGCACUUACGUCCACUAUUCCACUUGGCAAAGAUGUGAAUUUGAACAAGUUGGCUAAACACACUGCUGGUUUUGUCUUGGGUGAUUAUUGUACACUACUUUCUUACACGGCUAGAGCUGCCUGUUCAAGGGUGCUGAAGCACUGUUUUGCAGGCGUUAUCACUGACCAGGGUGAGAGAGACAUUUGUGCUGCUGGAAUCCCUCUUCUGUCUGAAGACUUCUCCCUGGCUUUAGAGCAGCUACAUCACGUGAAUUCACAAGCUAUAGGAGCCCCAAAGAUCCCAACUGUACAUUGGAGUGAUGUUGGGGGUCUCCAGGAUGUAAAAAAAGAGAUUCUUGAUACAAUACAGUUACCUUUGGAACAUCCAGAAAUGCUAUCUGUUGGGCUUCGACGAUCAGGUUUGUUACUUUAUGGACCUCCAGGGACUGGAAAAACCCUUCUGGCCAAAGCAGUAGCCACAGAGUGCUCCAUGACAUUUUUGAGUGUGAAGGGACCAGAACUCAUCAACAUGUAUGUAGGACAAAGUGAACAAAAUGUGAGAGAAGUGUUCUCUAAGGCUAGAGCUGCUGCUCCCUGCAUAAUCUUUUUUGAUGAGUUGGACUCAUUGGCGCCAAACAGAGGUCGAAGUGGAGAUUCCGGUGGAGUUAUGGACAGGGUGGUUUCCCAGCUUCUGGCUGAACUUGAUGGACUUCACAGCAGUAAGGACGUCUUUGUUAUUGGUGCCACCAACCGUCCAGAUCUGCUAGAUCCUGCACUUCUACGACCGGGCAGGUUUGACCGGCUUCUGUAUGUUGGGCUUAGUGAAGACCGGGAAUCGCAGCUGAAGGUCCUGAAGGCAAUUACCAGAAAGUUUAAACUUGACCAAGCUGUGUCUCUCACUGAUGUUAUACAGAAGUGCCCUGCACAGUUGACAGGAGCAGACAUGUACGCACUGUGCUCUGAUGCUCGAAUAUUGGCAAUAAAAAGGAAAAUUGGAAGGAUCCAUGAUGGUCUGGAUACAGAAGAGUCAGAGCUAAUAUUGACAACUGAUGAUUUUCUACAAGCUGCAGAAAAGCUUCAACCUUCCGUCUCAGAGCAAGAGCUUCUGAAUUAUAGAGUCCUUAAACAGAAAUUUUCUUCUAGGUGACAUGGUCUUGGUUUCGUGACAGUGUUACCUGCUGUGCAUCAUCCAUCCAUCGAGCUGGAGUUCUGUGCUGUGCAUACCACAUUCAUGGGGUAAUAUCCUUGACCCUCUAGCACUUGCCUGGCUAACUGAAUGGCACUACUGCAGAACAGAGUAUAUACAACUGACGGUAUCCUGUAGAGAAGUGUUAAAGGUUCUUUACAAGGUGGCAGAACUCCUAAAAGUUGUUCUUUUUUUUUUUCUUUUACAGUGUAAUACACCUGUCUGUUGCACAGUCUCUGCAUCUGAACUUGAUUUUAUCACUUUGUAUAUUGUAGUUGACUUGAGUGGACAUCCUUUAUCCUGUUGUAGAACAAGUCAUUUUCCUAGAAGGACAAAUAGUCGUAGUUGAAUUGUAUCCUUUUAAGAUAAAGAAAACAGUGGUGACUCUUCUUGCUUGACAAGUACUAACAUUUUUUAUUUAAACAUGCCUUCUAGAUUAUCUGACGUCUAGCAACAGUGGAAUUUACUGAAGAAACAGCUAAUCUUAAAUUUCCAUUAUGCAGUCAUUUUGCAACCUCCUUUAAGGAUGGGUGGGUGAAAUUAAUAUGUAUAAUAUAUUUUAUUUUGAUAACCAAAUCCUUGUCAAAUUUUUCACUAGUGUCACAUUGUAAUGGGUAUCAUUUUCAGUUUCAAGAAGUGAGGUUGCUAGUCUAAACUAUGCUAGAAAUGCACAGAAACCUGUUUUUUUUCCUCUCUACAAAAUAUCAGGCAAAAGGAAGUGAUAUAUAUUCUCUCAGUUGGGUAGAUCAGUCUAGAGUGAUUAACUUACAAUUCUUUUGUUAAUCUUGUUUCUUGAGCAGUAGUAUAUGAGGUCAUGUGAAGCACUGUGAUAAUAAGAGGAUUGGGAAAAUACCUUAGAGGUGCUCUUAAUGAAUGCAUUUCUGAAGAAUCCAGUGAAGGAGAAUUCCCAUAAUAUUAACCACUUUUGAUACAGCGAUCUUCUGUGAUAAUAAUGAAGUGUUGCUUCACUGUCCAUGGUCAUUUUGUCUAAAACGAGAUGCAAAUGUCUGUAUCCUUAAUAACAGGUGUGGAUGUAAUGUGUGACGACCAAAUAAUGCUCACAAAUAUUAA